CAAAUAUAAAAAAAAUGUUUUAUUUUGUUUUUUUUAAGUAAAAAUAAAUUUAACAAAACGUAAAAAAUAAUAAUGGCAGUGUUGCCCACCAUGAUAUUUAAAGUGCGCUUGAUUUAAAUAAUAAACACUGCGAAAUGCAUACAAUGCUAAAAGGAGCUUUUCUUGCACUCAGUGCAACUGCAAUUCCCGUGAUUUUGAACUACUUAAUCAAACGAAGACACAAAUUUAAGUUGAAAAAACUACAAGAUGAAAAGUGGGAACAAGACCGAAAUUAUUACCAUUGCAUUUUUAUAACUAUGAAAAACAUGAAAUGUUUAAGUCAUUUCAAUAGUGGCGCAGAAUGUGAAGAUGAUAAUUGUUCAAUCACACAUUUAAACACACUAUUGAGGUUCCUAGGAUCAGCAAAAUACUCCAUAUCUUUGUGCAUGUAUAUGCUCACAUUGAGACAAGUCACUGAUGAACUAAUUAAAGCCGAAGAUCGAGGAGUUAAUGUUAGAAUAAUCACCGACAAUGUCAUAUUCAAAAUGCAAAAUUCAAAGACCAAAUUACUAAAAGAAAAAUUUGGUUUUGAUGUUCGAACGCCCCCUUAUGAAGACUCAUUCAUGCAUCACAAGUAUUGCGUAAUCGAUGCUGAAGAUCCAGACUUGAAAAAAAUGUUCCUAGGCUCUUUAAACUUAACAGUCCAAGGAUGUGUAAAAAACUUUGAAUUUGUAUGCAUAACAAACAAUCCAUGGAUGCUUAACCGAUAUAAUGACGAAUUUGAGUCACUUUGGAAUACUUUUGAAAAUUCAACCCUAGUUUAGAGAUGUUUACUUUAAAUAAAAUUACAAAUACAUUCUC